AUGGAGACGCCCCCGCCGCUAUCGAGCGCUAGGUUGGCGAUCCCGAUCCAGUUGCGAGCUCUCCCACAUGUCGCUGACCUCGUGAGCUCGUUCCUGAUGCCCAAGACCGUUGACGCUGCCGUGUACAACGACUUGCACCGUGUACUUGAGGUGUAUGGAGAUAUCUGUCCCUGGACGGCUAGAGCUAUGAAGGGAGCUGCUGCUCGAGGACGUGUCGAUCUGCUUCAGUGGCUGCGUGACAACCGAACGGAGGGUUGCUCGAUCGAGGCGUUUACCAGUGCAGCUGCCUAUGAUCACCUCGAUGCGCUGCAGUAG